UUGUCUACCUUGGCCGGGGGAGAUUCCGUCCGUAGCCUAGGAAACGGGUGUAGCUACAAGACAACAACAUUGAUAAGUCAAUUUUCUUAUCACGAAAAGGAAAAAUUGAUCGAAAUAUCAAUUUACAGUCGUAAAAUAUUUUAUUAAAUCAUAAUAUUCGUAUGCAUAAUAGUAAAGUGUCCAACAUAACAGGCGGAGAGAUGAUCUUUUUGACAGUUCAAAGUGUGGCUGGCAGAUUUUGAUUGCGCAGGCGACGAGGUGCUGGUGGAAUCGUCCCCGCCCCCCUCUCCCGGAAUGGCGGCGCGGCUGGCCGGGCCUGCUCAGGGCGCCGGCGCGGGCGCAGGCGGGACGUCGCCGAGCGCCGUGCGCGAGCUGAUCGUGAUACCGGAGAUUCCAAACUCCAUUCAUCUACAGCAUGCCAUACACCAGGUGUCAAGCAAUGUGGUAGAAGUGAACGGAGACAGCUCGGGGCACUCUAGCCCCACCGCGGAGACCCAGCACACCUAUAUAACAGUUUCGAUGCAGGGCGCAUGGCAGCCGCCGCCUGUCAAGCCGGAGGACGACAGUGAUCAAGAAAGCGAAGCGGGUAAUGGCGUCAACUACCACGUGCAGUAUGUGGAGCCCCAGGAGAUCUAUACACAGAACCAUCAGCAGCAUCUGGAGCCGCUGCGCACGUACCCGGUGUACAGCGUGACCACGGUGGCGGGCGCGGCCGACGCUGCUGCGCCCGAGUGGCCCGCCGCCGCGGAGUUCACCGCAUACCACGAGGUGGCAGCGGAUGAAGCGGAGACGCCGGCGUCGCCCGCGCAGCCGGCGCGGUCGCCGGUGCAGCCGCCGCGCAUGCCGCCCGCCACCGUGCAGUGGCUGCUGGACAAGUACGAGACUGCCGAGGGCGUCUCGCUCCCACGGUCGACGCUCUACGCGCAUUACCUCCGCCACUGCACCGCACAUCGCCUCGAUCCCGUCAACGCAGCCUCCUUCGGGAAACUCAUCAGAUCUGUCUUCAUCGGCCUAAGGACACGCAGGCUCGGUACGCGCGGGAACUCCAAGUACCACUACUAUGGGAUAAGGGCGAAGGCCAACGCUGAUUCGCCCCCCAGGGACAUGGGCGAGGACAAGGGGGAGAUGUCCGAUCAGCAGGAGCCGCGCGCGCGGUCGCCGGAGACGGAGACGGAGGCGGCAGUGGAGGCGCACCGGCAGUACCUGGGCGCGCGCGCGGCGCCGGAGCCCGCGCCGCUGCACGUGGAGCUGCCGCCCGACGUGCCGCGCUCGGCGCUCGACGCGCUCCGGGAACACCACAGGGCGCACGGCGUAGAAUUCCUGGAAGCCGUGAGCGCUCUGGACACGAGCGCGGUGGAGCGCGCGCGGCGCUCGUUCUGGCGCCGCAGCGCCGCCGACAGCGGCGGGCUGUGUCGCCGCACGCUGUGGCGUUUGGCCGCCAGGAGGGAUGUAGCCCAGUGGCUGAAGAACGCGGACCUGCAGCUGUAUCAGACGGCCGUGGACCUGCUGAUGCCGGACGUGCUGCGUCCGAUACCGCCGCAACUCACACAGGCCAUACGCAACUUCGCGAAGAGCCUGGAGGGUGCCCUGUCGGCUGGCAGCAGCGGCGCGCCCGCCGCCGCCGCCGCGGCGCAGGCGAGCGCGGCGGCGGCGCUGGCGGCCGCGCUGCGCCGCUACACCUCGCUCAACCAUCUCGCGCAGGCCGCGCGCGCCGUGCUCAACAACCAGCUGCAGAUACAGCAGAUGCUAGCGGACUUGAAUCGCGUGGAUUUCCGCGUGGUGCGCGAACAAGCGGCCUGGGCGUGUUCCUGCGGGAGCUCCUCCACUGCGCACAGGCUGGAGGUGGACUUUAAGGCGACGCUCGGGCGCGGCGCGACGCUGGAGCAGUGGGCGUCGUGGCUGGAGCGCUGCGUGUCGGGCGCGCUGGCGCCGCACGCCGCGCGCGCGGACUUCACUGCGCGCGCGCGCCGCCUGCUGCUCGACUGGUCCUUCUACUCCUCGCUCGUCAUCCGCGAGCUCACGCUCAGGUCGGCGGCGUCGUUCGGGUCGUUCCACUUGCUGCGGCUGCUGUACGACGAGUACGUGUCGUACGUGAUCGAGCGCCGCGUGGCCGCGCACCGCGCCGCGCCGCCCAUCGCCGUCAUGCACGCGCAACAGGACUGUGAGCUGUCGGAGGACAACGGCGGCGGGCCGGAGGAGGACGACAACGAGUGGGAGUGGGAGGACGACGACGACGAUUCCGACGAGCCCGGGCCCGACAAGAAGCCCCGCGCAGACUCUUAAACUCGUGCGCACACUUUAAUUGUGAUUGUUAUUCAUUUGCAUUUGCCCAUUUAUCACCUCGAAUCAUGUUCAGGCCAGAAGAUUUCGACUAGUUCGGCCCAUCUCAUACGAAACGGCAGAUUAAAUAAAUAAAUAUAUUAGGACAAAUCACACAGAUUGAGCUAGCCCCAAAGUAAGUUCGAGACUUGUGUAAUGGUAUUACUAACUCAACGAUACUAUAUUUUAUAACAAAUACAUAUAUAGAUAAAUAUCCAAGACCCGGAUUAAUCGGAAAAAGAUCAUUUUCUAUCAUGACCCGACCGGGGAUCGAACCCGGGACCUCUCGGUUCAGAGUCAAGCACUUUACCACUGCGCCACCGAGGCCUUAUAAAACCGGGCACACGGUAAGUUUUAAGUAAAUUGAUCAAAAAUAAAGCAUGAUGCAUAUGCAUUAUGGAAUGUCAUCUCAUAUAGUAACACUUUUUAUCAAUUUACAACAUAACAACUUUCUUUCGAGUGAUACUUAUUGCUUUGUGCGACCCCUGUCUACGCGGGUAAUAAAAAAAUAAUAAUGUAAAAUUACCAAAUCAUUCGUCAAAUAUUUACAUUCGCGGCAAAUAUAAAAGUUUUAAAAUUAUAGGACCGGCCGACUGCCCGGCGUCAACUUUCCAUAGGAAUUUGCGGGAAUAAUAAAAACACCUAAAAUAUUAGUAAUAUAAUACGUAUCUUGUAUCUUGAUAAAUUCUCUCUUCAAAACCGAGAUAGAUAAAAAUUAUUGGAGGAUUGUUAAAAAAAUGUUUGUAAAUCUUGUCAUGGAGACUCAACGCCAUGCACAUUUUCAUAAAUAAUUUUAAUAACAGUGUGUGCCUAGAUUUGCACUAAUAACAAAAUAUAAAAGAUCAUCGUGAAUAUUAAUUAUAUUUAAUCUAAUUAAAUUGUCUAUUUUAUAUCAAAAUGCCCUCCAAUGUUGGUUAUGUGUACUUCGCCUAUCUUAUCGCAUUAACAAUUAUGUUCACAAUUAAAUAUUUUUACAAGGAGAGGGGUGUUUAGAUUCAGGUUCAGUAAAGUCUAUUUAAUUAUGUUGAAGCCGUUGUUUCAAAAGAAUGAUAUAAAUAUAUCUAAAUUGGCUCAUUAGUAAAUUGUUAAGAUCAUGAACAUUCAUCAUUUAGCUGAAGAAAAAUGUAUAAGACCGAAAGAAUACUUUCAUAAUUUAAGUCGUUUGUAAAUAUAAAAGAAAAUUGUUUUAAACAAAUCGGCCAGUGUUAUGAAAGUUAAAAAUUAAUUGCCCCUAUUUGGAUUUACAUACAUGUGUCUGAUAAAUGCAUGGUAGGUAUUAAAUAUUUUCAUGUUGUUUCGGCGCAGGUUACACAACAGCGCAACCAAAGCCCUAGUAUAGUAUGUAGCUAGUUGGUAAUUAAUCUGUAUAUAAGCACCAAAAUGGUAGAUUUAGCACGUUAAAUCCGUAUGAGUAUACCAAAGAAAGAGUUGACAUAAUAACUGCUUAUUUUGUCCCUAUUUUGCGAAGUUAAAAGAAGUAUUGUUUCUGUAAUUUUUCAAAUCUACAUAUUUACAUAAAUAAAAUAAUUUAAUGUUACUCUAUUUACGGCCUAAGUCAUGAUAAAUGUUAAGAUUAGCUUAAUUUGUUUAGGUAGCGUACAAAGUCAUCUGUAUUUAUUGAUCAAAGUUUAACUGAAAUUCACAUAAGUUAAAUCAAAUUUACAAAGUAAAUGAUCAUACUGUCCGAUACUUCUCUAAUGUACAGAACGUAAUGUACCAUGUAGUAAUUUUCUUAAUAUUUUAGUACAUAUGUAACAUUUGCCUAUAUUCAGUUUAAGUUUACACCCAUUACAAAACAUAUUUUUAUAUUUCUGAUACAGGAGGUCCAAUGCGUGACGCGUUUUCAAUUUUCAACAAAAAAAAAAAGAACUUAAUAAAUGUGUCUCCAUUGCUCUUCAUGUCAUUCUACUACGCGUAUCUCUUGAAUAUGAUAAGGAUGUCUAUAUUUUUCUCUAUCCUAUGCUUGUGAAUGUUGAAAUGACGCACGUUAUUAUAUUUACGUAGACAAGCAAAAUUUGAGUAUUUAACAAGUCAUACGACUGGGCGUCACGCAGCGGUUAUCUCGAUACAAACGCAGUAGGACUGCCUUAACGUUGCCUUACGGAUAGUUACCUCGAACGCUACGUAACUUUGAAAGGUGGGUUGUGUCUCAUAGCAAAUAUGUGUUGUUGUGACUAAUUCGAUUAUUGUAUACCAGUUGUGAGAUGUUAGACGUAGACCAUUGACAAUAGCUACUUGGCGGUUGACAUUUUAAUUAGAUUUUGCAGACGUUUAUUCAGAUGGAAAUUAUAAAGUAUCAUGACCUUCGUCCACCAUUUUGUGUAGAGUCCACUCUAUUGUUUGUGUGUUAUCGCUAGGGCUAAUAUCGCUCUUGUUGUGUUCGGCACCAAAGUAAGGUUUCACAGACAUAUGAGUAAGCGUAUAAUCGACAAAUCAUUAAGGUUUACAUACUUUUGGUAGAGACAACAAGAUUUGAAUAGAAAAAUAAUUUGGGAAAACCCAGCUAUUUACUGAGUGGCUCGCAUCAGUCAACUUUGACGUUAACUUUAUACUGCAUGUCGCCGUCGUUUAGAUGAAAUGGCGUAUUAUGCGUUUUUCACCAAGGUUAAAGUUAACGUUGAAAGUUGAUACGCUUCACUUGGUGGAUGAUUGGCUAUCGGUUUGUCAGUGCCUACGAAAUUAUUAAUAUUUAAAACCACACACCUAUGUGUUGCGGGCAAUGCCUUUGUUAUCAGAGAAGUUAAAAUAAUUUUGUUUAUUAUUCAAAUGUUUUUUUAUUUAUAUUUUUUCAUCUUCCAUAUGUCAGAUUGCACUAGGUUUACUAAAUGUUGUGUAGUUAAUGAAUGUUGUUCAAGUGUCGUAUUCUUUUUGCUGUAUUUACGAGUUUAUUAGAAAAACAAAAUGGAGGCCUUAUCAUGGUUAAUACAUUCCUUUUAAAUCUUCUGCUAUGUAUUCAUUCAAUAGAUCUAAUUAAUGUUGAUGUUACAUCACUUGAGCAACUUUCAUCCUAAAUGUUGGUUUAAUUACAUAUUUAUAUUAAUCAUAGACAUAAGUACAUGUAUUGAGUGUCUUGGUGUAAAGGCGGCUGUAGCUAUCUAUUAAUAUUUUACAGACCAAAAAUCCGUGUUAAGAACUUUAGAUAAAUCUGGAAUGUUUUAGGGAGCGUUGCAUCGGUCAACUUUGAGGUUAACUUUAACCUGCGCACAGCAAGAUCGCCAUUUCGCAAAUAACGUCAAAAUCGGCUGGUGCAACUGACCCUUAGUCGUUAUGAUUUAUAAGUAUACUUUUCAAAGUUCCCAUAACUCUUUAAGUCCGGUCCCAGAUCAUAGACAAAUUACUUAAGUCUAUUCCAUAGACUACUAAAACCACGUGGGUCAUAAAUUGUGUUUCCUAAAAUCGAAUUAGCUACAGUAAAUUGGUCUGAGUCGAGCUUAUACUUUUAUACCGAUUUAGGUAAGCGUGAAUUGUUCCAUUCUAGUAAAUGUUUAAAAUUGAGCAACGAAUUUCUUGGACUACAUUCCUGAAGUCUCAGUUUGUUUAUUUGAUUAAAAUAAUUGAAACUGAAACCUGAGCAGUUAGGUUACUUCAUUUUUUUUCUCCUGCUAUAAAGAUAAAUAGGGAUACGAAUAGACGGCGAUAUAUUUUAUAUUGGAUAUAAUUAAUGUGUUUAAGGUUUUUCUCGAGCCUUCUACCGCGUGUGUUGCCCUUCCUAAAAGGAAUCUAAAUAACAUUUCAGCCGUAUUUUCUCCCGUAAUCUGUAGGAAUCGUCCCUUAUAUUUAUGUAGACUACUUGGUCGAUAUUAAAAUAAAGUAUGAAUAAUUAAACUUAUAUAAAUAAGUAUACAUUAACACACGUACGUUUCCGGUGUUUGGAAACACAUUUUAUAAAAUUGGCAUGUAGCCAUUACAGAUGUAUAUAAAAUCUUCGUAUAGUGUCCCUAUUGUUUCCAAAUAUCUAGUUUUCUAUCUAGUCACACAGGAAUGUAGUCUUGUCUAGUAAGGACGUGUAGCUAUAAGAAUCGUAUAUGUUGUAUAUGAGCUGGUUAUAACAUUUGUAAUGCGACUGAGUGGACGACAUGUCUGAGAAUAAACUAGUCAUGUGUUUA